AUAUACAAAACAUACAAUUCUACAUGGUAUCAAGAGCCAUUCUCUAAAGAGCUUCUUUUCAAUCCUCAUUAAUUUUUUUUCCCGGCUAGUUUAUCUUUUGAUAAUCAUGGUCAUCACCACCGAAACAACUGUCAUCCCGCUCACUGCUUCGGCAAAUUUCCCCAUCAAGCUUACUUCUUCCAACUUUCCGGUUUGGAAAUGCCAAGUCCAAUCUGCUCUCAUCGGGCUAGGGCUUGAAGGCUAUGUGGAUGGCACCAUCACGCCUCCCUCUCAGUUCACCGAUGCUCUCAAGACGGUUUCAAAUCCGUGUUACACCAUCAGGUAUCGUCAGGAUAAAACUCUUCUGAGUGCUCUCCUUGGAAGUUGUUCUGACACGAUCCAACCUCUCAUCUCGUCUGUCACAACAGCACGCAUGGCUUGGGAAAAACUUGCCAAUACUUAUGCUAGCAGCUCUCGUGGGAGAAUUAUUUCUCUCAAAUCUACCCUAGCUCGUACCACCAAGGGUGAUCGUGCAAUCAAGGACUAUCUCACGGAGAUGUAUUCCAUUGCUGAAGAUCUUGCAUUGGCGCAGUGCCCGGUCUCUGACGAAGAUCUGGUCAUCAGCAUUCUCAACGGACUUGGUGCGGACUAUAGGGACCUCCUAUCGGCUAUUCGUGUACGUACUACUGCGCUGCCCUUGACUGAGCUCCAGGAUAUCUUGUUGGAGCGUGAGAAACUCCUGCAUGAUCAAGAAACAGCUGCACCGCCCGUCCUCCCUACAGCCAACUUCACACAGGCGGCGGAACGCGGCCAUGAUCGCCGACCAAUGAAUGGUGAUCGCCGUGGAUCUCAAAACCGUCGUGGUCGGGGAGGUCAUUUCACGUCCGGUAAUCGUGGAUCCAGUACUACCCUCAUCUGUCGGUUCUGUGACAAUGUUGGGCAUGAUGUCAAACACUGUAGGAAGCUGCAACGGUUCUUAAAGGACAAUCAUGUACCGUAUCCAUCUCACCCGGCCGGACCAGUUGCACAUCAUACAUCCACUGUGAUGUCUCCCAACAAUCAAUCUUGGCUCUUUGACAGUGGAGCAUCACACCACGUUGCUUCGGAUGCUUCAGUGUUACCAACAUAUACUGAUUAUGGUGGCCCUGAAGAGGUUCGCCUCGGCGAUGGAUCUGACCACGGGGGCGCCGCUCAUGCGCGGGGAGAACAUGCAUGAUGUCUACUAUGCACCAUCCUCUGUCUCACCGUCAAUAAAUCACACUCAAGUUUCUGAUGUUUCCGGGUGGCAUCAUAUUCUUGGUCACCCAGCUCGUCGUAUACUCAAUCAUGUAAUUCAUCACAAUAAUAAUGAAAUUCGUUGUACUCAAUCUUCGGAUUUUCAUUGUUCCUCUUGUUCUGUUAAUAAAAGUACUAAAUUACCC